UCCAAGCCACACCCCCCAUUUCGCUCCUCCCCACAAGAGGGAAAUAUCGUCCCGAUUCUCUCUGCUCAUUCCCUUCGCUUUUCCGAUCAAACCACUCAGAUUCUCACGAAUCUAGCCCUCAUCUCAGACCUCAGUUUCCGGACGGAAGAUCUCCACCUUCCCUGUUCUCGGUUUCUUCUUUGUUCGCGGCGCGCGUUGCUCGUUGUGGGGGGGCAAGCGGAAGAGGAAGGAGGCGUUUUGUUUAUUAUGCGAAGAGGCGUCGAUUUUGAGGAGACUGGAAGUUCCUUGAGCUGUCUGGGUCCCCGGACGAUCGACGAAGAGUUCGACGAUGACGGCGAAGAAGAAGGAAGGGUAGCGGUGGGGUGUGCGCGUAGCAAUUCGUAUUACAGGUUGCCUCAGCAUUUGCUCAAGCUCUCCAUUCUCAAGCUCGAUGGCUCUGUCUUCGAUGUUCAUGUCGCGAGACAUGGCAAAGUUGCAGCACUCAAACAAGCAAUAGAAGAUGUUUUCAGUUCAUCGCCUAAGGAUGGCGUAGGCAACAUUUCAUGGUCACAUGUGUGGGGGCACUUUUGCUUGUGUUUCAACGGUGAGAAACUACUCAAUGACAGGGCAUACUUAAGAAGUUUCAAUAUUAACGAUGGUGAUCAGCUAUGUUUUAUUCGUCACCUGUCCACUAAUUACUCACCGAUGAAAAGACAGCCUAAGAACCAGAAUGUCAGUUUCAGGCAGCACCAAAUGUUGCCUCCAUAUUCGAACAAUUGUAAAGCGGCAGAAGCAGAGAACAGUGCAGAUGAUGCGGAUGAUUGGGAUUACUUUAAGUACAACAAUCCCAAAGAUCACGAGAUUCCAAUACCAGGAUUCAGGUUGGCCCCCUUCUUAAGAGGAUGGCUAUCGCACUCCAGAUUAUGGAAGCCCUAUUGGAGGGUCAAAAGGAAGGGCUCGGAAGCACCUAGGCGCGCUUCCAGAUUCGCCGUGCAUUGUCUGGGAGGUGGACCUGGGAUGAUACGAUUGUGAUUCUAGUCAUCUGUAGUGAUAGACCUGAGAUAGAAGCGUUACCUAACACGUGAGAGAACCUGUAGUGUGUUGUUGAGUGCACAUUUUUGCUUUCGGAAACCUUUCAGAUUCUCCGAACUCAACCCCGUGGUAGGUGUUUGUAGUGUGAACCUUCAAUCAGUUGACAGGAAUUAAAGUUUUCAAUUUCCAGCAUUGGCUGAAUUUGCACCUUGAUGGGCGUGACUUCAGUCUACAGGAAGAAAGGAGAGUUUGUUUUCUCUAGUCGAUCUUUGUAACUUUUUAAAGAGAUCCAUUGACGCCGCUGCGUGUAACCA